AUGGCUGAGGACAGCCUCCACCUCGUCUUGGAGCCCAGCCCGGGCCAUGGCGACCCCAAGAGCCUCGAGCUGACCGCCGGCGGCGAUGCGGCGACUUUGGGGCGAGGCCCAAAGAACGCGUUGGUCAUCAACCUCGCGGGCAUCUCCAACCAACACGUGGAGCUUAGGUUACUGAAGCCUCCCAGUGGCGGACAGGUCAGUGCGGCACAUCUCCGCGUCAGGGACGUGUCCUCCAACGGCACCGGCAUGUGCGGGCCGAAGUCUGUCAACCAGCCGGCGAAGCUCAAAAAGGACACCGAUACCCCAGUGGUGGAUGGCUCCGUGAUCGUCCUCCCCCUGCGGGCGAAGGUGAAGUCUGCUGAGUCGCAGGCUCGAAUAACCCUCAGAGUCGUGGAGAAGGAGGAGAAGGCAGAGGAGAAGGAGAAGCCGAAGAAGAAGGAGAAGGAGGAGAAGAAGGAGCCGGUCAAGAAGAAGGACUGCGUGCAGGCGGAGAAGGAGAAGGAAAAGGCGGCUAAGGAGGAGAAGCCCAAAGAAAAGGCGAAAGCGGAGAAGGCAGAGAAGGUGGAGAAGGAGAAGCCCAAAGAGAAGGAGAAGGACACGAAGGAAAAGGACAAGAAGGCCAGCAAAAAGGCUGAGAAGAAGGACAAGAGCUGA